AUUGUACACCAUUGUACACAUCAGUCAUACAUUUAGUUGAUGUAGUGUCCAAUUGUCAAACAGUAUUAUUUGUUUAUGUUUUUUUUCUAAAAAGAAAUCGACAAAAUGGAAAAUGAGAAGAUAGUUAUAAGGUACAGAGGCUCGAAAUUAACAAAGGUGAAAGAACUGGAUCUCUUCCCAAAGAUUGAGGACACCUACAGAGAACCUUCAUCAAUUGGUGGAACAUUGUCAGUCUUCAGUUUCCUGGUAAUUUUUUGGUUAAUUUGCUCGGAGAUACAUUUUUAUUUGGAUAGUAAAUUUGUGUAUCGGUUCUCACCUGACACAGACUUUGAUGGCAAACUUAAGAUCAAUGUUGAUAUUACAGUGGCCAUGCCUUGUAACAAUUUGGGAGCUGACAUUUUAGAUUCAACCAAUCAAAAUGCUUUUAAAUUUGGUAAAUUAAAGGAGGAAAGCACUUGGUUUGAGUUGUCUCCAAAUCAGAAGUUAUUUUUUGACAGCAAGAGACAUUUCAAUUCAUAUUUACGAGAUGAAUAUCAUGCUGUUGUGGAUUUAUUGUGGAAAAGAAGAUUCACUCAGAUGUUCAAUCAAAUGCCAGCUAGAACUGAAAUACCAAAUAGGCCUUUUGAUGCUUGUCGGAUACAUGGAUCAUUGAUUUUAAAUAAGGUAGCUGGAAACUUCCAUAUAACUGCAGGAAAGAGUUUGUCACUACCGAGGGGCCACAUCCAUAUAAGUGCGUUUAUGUCUGAUGCAGAUUAUAAUUUCACUCAUCGCAUUGAUAGGUUGAGUUUUGGAGAUGCCAGUCCAGGCAUCAUUCACCCUUUGGAAGGAGAUGAAUUUGUAGCAAAAAACAAUAUGAUUCUGUAUCAGUAUUUUGUAGAAGUUGUUCCGACUAGUGUUAAAACGUUCUUGACGACUGUAGACACGUACCAAUACAGUGUUAAAGAAUUAACACGACCAAUAGAUCACAAUAAGGGGAGUCACGGAAUGCCAGGGAUAUAUUUCAAAUACGAUGUAGCGGCAUUAAAAGUAACGAUUAGCCAGGAGCGCGAUCAUUUAGGGAUGUUUUUAGCCAAGCUGUGUUCUGUCGUCGGAGGAAUUUACGUUUGCUCAGGUUUCAUAAAUACUUUAAUUCUAUUCUUAACGAAUCUCGUCCUAUGUCGCGCGAAGAAAGACGACGAGGACAAAAGUUACAUCAUCCACGAAUCAAAUUUGGUCUUCGAAGAGAAACCGGCUGCUACGAUUAUUAUGUAAAUCGUUUUUAUUCGCGUGUUGUUCGUUUCUUUUUUUUUUUUUAAAUUA